AUGAUCAUAACAAACAGCCUCCACGUUCUCUGCUUCGGCAAUAGCAUCACAGCCGGAUACACGCAGGGCGGCCGUGGAUUCCAUCCAUAUGCCAUCGCCCUGCAAGAAGCUCUGGAACAGGCAUGGCCUUCGUGGAACAUCUCUACCGAUGUCCAAGGGCUGCCGGGGGACCAGGUGAUAAGCCCACCCGGAGCCUUCCUACCACGGAUGGACACGCUAUACGAAGAAGUCCACCCCGUCCACCCCUACGACUGGGUCAUCAUCCUCGGCGGAACCAACGACCUGAACCAGAACCGCGUCUCACGAGAGAUCUUCCCGGCCCUCGAAAAAGUCUGGGACAUCCCCCUUUCAGGCAACACCAAAGUCCUCGCUCUGACCAUCACCGAUUGCGGCUUCUGUGCUCCUCAAAUCGGAGCGAGAAGAGCGGAUCUCAACCGAAGAAUCCUCAAGCAUGAAGCCGACAAUUUUUAUACUUAUGACCUCUUCAGAGCAAUUUCGUUCUGGGACAUGCCCGAGAAGAGGCGGAGGGAUAUUUGGGAUGAUGGGUUACAUUUUACUGCUGAAGGGUAUGAUUUGAUGGGUAAACUAUUAGCUGCUCGACUUAUUGAACUCAUCGAGGAAGAAGAGAGGCUUGAGCCGGAGAAGGGGGAAUUGAAAUAG